GAUUACUUACUCACAAACAUUUACACAAAUUACAAAUCUAAUACAUUCAUCUGUCGUACUGUGCACAUUAUGCAGAGUUUUUCUAAUUGGCCCCGUGAGGCUGUAGUCGACGCACAUUUUGUCAGCUGGGACAGCAGCUGUCAAUCAAACUGCAUCUUUAUAACCAGCUGCAGAAGCUGCAUCAUUGUGUCUCAGGAUAAACCCAGGGACAGACAAGAGCUCCACUGUGACUAUUGAUCGUCAAUCGAUGCCUUCUCUGAUGCUAAUACUCCAACAGGUUUAGAUUUAGAGUGAGAGUGUUGCUAGAUAUAUUAAUUCUCUCUUUCGAGCACUUCAGUCUUUGGAAAUCUUCGACCCAGAACCUCUUUUCUUCUUCUCCUGGCUGCCUUUUACUUUUCUCAUCUUUUCUUCUCGCAUCAGCUCGCCAUCCUUUUGGAAAAGAUGGAUACGUUGAGUGGGAACAACGCCACAGUGGUGAACAGCUCCAUUGACAAGUGGCCAUUCAACGAACGUGGCUCAUACCAACACCUGGACCCCAGGGAGCUUAGGGUCCUGGUACCGGCUAUUCUGGGAGUCAUCUGUGUCUUGGGUAUGGCUUGUAAUCUCACUGCGAUGGUCAUCUUGUUCUCCAACGCUCAUAGAGGCAAACUAUCUCUCAUCAACUCCCUCAUCUUCAACCUGAUGUUUGCAGACGGGCUGGUGCUGUUGUUCACGGUGCCAUUCAGGGCUGCCGCCUACUCCAAAGCUAGCUGGAAUCUGGGCUGGGUGGUCUGCAAGACGGCCGACUGGUUCCUCCAGUCCUGCAUGGCAGCGAAGAGCUUCACAGUGGCUGUCAUGGCUAAAGCGUGCUACCGCUAUGUGUCCAACCCCACCAAGCAGGUGAGCAUCCAUCUGGGCUCCAUCCUGGUGGUGUUCUUCUUUAUCUGGCUGUCUGCCUGUUCUGUCACCAUCCCUCACUGGCUGUUUGCCACGCUGCAGAGAGAGAUCCGCGGGUUGGUGUGUGUGCUGGUUGUUCCUCCUGAAGCCCGGGACUUCAUGGCUGUGUACGUCAAAGCAUACCCCCUGGGGGUCUACUGUGCACCUCUUAGCUUUGCCCUCAUGUAUUUUUGGAGGGCUUAUGGCCAGUGCCAGCGUCGCUCCAGUAAAACACAGAACCUACGCACACAGAUCAGAUCCAGGAAGCUCACGUUGAUGCUGUUCAGCCUGACCGUGGCCAUGGCUAUUCUCUGGCUUCCACAGUGGGUGGUUUGGGUUUGGGAGCGUCAUAUAGCAGAGAAAGAAAUCGAAGGAGCUCAGCCUCUCGUCUCCUCUCUUCCCCCUCUUCUAACCCUCUCUGCUCAGCUGCUCACCUUCUCUCUGUCCCUGGUGAACCCUCUCAUUGUCCUCUCUCUCUCCGAGGAGUUCAGAGAGGGCUACAGGGGGCUGUGGAGGCGCCUCACCCUGCGCAAGCAACCUCCCCCAAAGCCAAAACCGGGACCUCACAACCCUACAACUCUCCAGUCGCCUUGCCCCAGACCAGAGACUUCUGGCCAGCCUGGUGGGGAGAGGAGCCUUCGAUCCAACUCCGUCCAGGGUCCCAGCAGAGAGGCUCAGCCCCAGCCGGAGCACGGAGGAGACAGAGAAGUAGACAGAGCGAGCCUCAAAGAUGGGAUUGUCUUGCCUGAUGUGGAGCAGUUCUGGCAUGAGAGGGAGGGUGGAUCACACACAGAGGAAAACGAUCCCGUGCCGUGGGAGCACCAGAACAAAGAGGGGGAAAAAUAACAACCACCAUCCAGCCGAUCUUCAAUACACUCCUCAGACAGCAGACAAGAGACGUGGGUUGAAUGGACUCCUGAGUGCUACACCGUAAAUCAUUUUGUUUUCUGUCAGCUGUGUUCAUGGUAUUAUUCAAAGGUAAGACGUGUAAUCAGUUUGGAAUAUGAGGGUGGACUAUAAAUAGAGCAGUAUCAUUUGUAUAUAUGAUAAACAUUAUACAUAAUGUUGUCUUUUUAUUGUUUU